AAAUUAUUACCUCUUUUUUCUUAUCUUCUGUUCCUCCGUGGCUUCUGUUGCGAGCAUAUAACCCUGGUGGUUCUGCUCCCAUCAGCCCUAAAAGAAUACUAUUCUCCUCCUCCCCCACCUCAGAACCCAACAAAUCGACCUACUACUCCAUAGCUAUCGAUAUCUCCCAAUACAUACUGUUGCUGUGUUAUUCGACCCCUCGACGUUUGUCAACAUACCCACAUAGGCCAGAGAUGCCUCGAAUCAAAGAAUGGAUCGAAAAGCUCGAGGUGCCUACGGAGCCCGGGUUGACCAAUACUCAAUUGAUGUUGACGAACCGUGACUUGCGGCCAGUUGAACACGAGCGUCGUCAAUGGAGAUGGUACAACUUCAUCGCCUUUUGGAUUGCAGACUCUUUGAAUAUCAACACAUGGAUGAUUUCAUCUUCGAUGAUCGUCGACGGUCUGUCCUGGUGGCAGGCAUGGAUUUGCGUCUGGGUCGGUUAUUUCAUUGCUGCUUGUUUUGUCUGCUUGACCGGUCGCAUCGGUGCAGUCUAUCACAUCUCGUUCCCGGUCGCAUGCCGGGCCAGCUUUGGAAUAUGGGGUUCUUUCUGGCCCGUCUUCAACCGGGCGGCAAUGGCUGUCGUUUGGUAUGGUGUUCAGGGUUAUAUUGGAGGCGAGUGCGUAACUUUGAUGAUUGAGGCUAUCUGGCCAAGUUAUAGAAAUAUCCCCAAUCAUAUCCCCGCAAGCUCCGGCGUCACCACCAAGGACUUCCUGAGCUUCUUCCUGUUCUGGCUCCUGUCACUGCCAGCUCUCUGGUUUCCGGUCCAUAAGAUCAGACAUCUCUUUACCGUGAAAGCCAUCUACUCUCCCAUCGCCGCCAUCGCCUUCUUUGCCUGGGCCAUCUCCCGCGCCAACGGAAUUGGUCCCAUCGUGCACCAACCCGCUACAGCUCACGGAAGCACCUUGGCCUGGGCAAUAGUCAAGUCUAUCAUGAGCUGUCUCGGCAACUUUGCUACGCUGAUUGUGAAUGACCCGGAUUUCUCGAGGUUCUCUCGGUCGCCGAAAGACGCGCUGUGGUCCCAGCUGCUCACCAUCCCAAUCGGGUUCGGCAUCACCUCCUUCAUCGGCAUCAUCGUCUCAUCUUCUUCUGCUGUUAUCUUCGGCGGUGACUUUGUGUGGAACCCGUUGACGCUUCUGGGUCAGUUUCUGGAUGGCGCCAGCUCCGCCGAGCGCUUCGGUAUCUUCAUCAUCUCGACUGGCUUUGCUCUGGCCCAGCUGGGCACCAACAUUUCUGCCAACUCGGUCUCUGCCGGUACCGAUAUGACGGCCUUGCUGCCUCGAUACCUCAACAUCCGCCGGGGUAGUUAUAUCUGCGCCGCGAUCGGCCUGUGCAUGUGUCCAUGGAAACUCUCGUCUUCAUCCAAUUCAUUCACCACUUACCUCUCAGCCUACUCCAUCUUCCUCUCUUCUAUCGCCGGGCCUAUGAUUUCCGACUACUACUUUGUUCGGAAAGGAUAUCUGCGAGUGAAAGAUCUGUACAGUGUUGGAAAUGACUCAGCAUACCGCUACACGUACGGCUUCUCCUGGCACGCAUACGCUUCGUAUCUUGCAGGCAUUCUCGUCAAUAUCGUCGGGUUUGCCGGCGCAGUUGGGCGUACCGUGCCUGUGGGAGCCCAGUACAUCUACAACAUCAACUACUUUUCCGGUUUUGUCGUCUCAAGUGUGAUGUAUUACGCAUUGGCCCGACUGUUCCCCCUUUCCGCCACCAGCAGCACGUGGCAUGAGGCGGAUAUCGACGUUGAUGAAGACCGUCUGUCCGUAGCGGAUGGGCAGGAGGUGUAUCCGGAGGAUGAGCAUCCGACCGGCAAGCCGCUGGACGUCGAAGCUCCUGUUGAUCAGAAGCACCCGAAGUCCACCGCUUCAUCGGUGCUAUGAGCGAGACAUGACUUUUUCUUUCUUUACCUGUUGAUAUUGUAUUCUAAUGACUGAACGCUUACUUUUCCGUGGGAAGGUACAUAUUAAUACAGUGCCAUGAACGAC